AUUCGACUCCACGUCACUUUGGAACAAUUAGAAUCAGCUUUUAUUUGUUUAUCACUUACUAUGCGAUGUAAUCGCUACGUUUUACCUCAGAGUGACACAGCGAUUUCACUUAUGAAUAAUCCCCGGUGACAGGACUAUCCCGGUCGUGAGAUGCUGGAGAUCCCGUCGAAAUAUGACACUGCAAUCGAUUUUAUUUAGCAUACAUGCUUACGCAUUUCAACUCUAUUAAUUGAUCCACAAUAUCCUCAUACGGUUGGGAUAAACCCAAUCGCUCCUCCCUCUCUUUACCUGUGGAAUAGCCGACUACUUGUACAUUAUCACUAUCUCCGAUUGCCGUCGAACUCUGGAGACCGAUAUUCAGUAGUCGAGAGCUCAAUUCAUUGAGCUACAGUGGUCAAUCCUUUCUCUCGGGUUCCAUAAAUCAUUACAAAGUAAAGUUACUGUGAUAACACAGACGAAGACUUCGGAUGAUAUCAAGACUUGAAGGAUAUUAGUUAUCACAAAUGAUAAACAAAUUAGUCGAAUUUCUACUGAUAUCGAGAGCGUGUGAAAUGCGAUAAAUUUGUUGAUGGCCCAAGGCAUUAACAUCCUGUCAUUCAGUGGAUUAAAAAAAAUGAGACAAGACAUUAUCACUCUCUGCCACUGGUAGGCAAAGCAGAUAAUAGCGUUUGUGUUACUCACAUGCGAAUUACCAGGCAUACGAGAUUUUUUAUUCAACUGUGAUUAAUACAAUAACUGAGACUCCACGUGUGGUUAACAGGAAAAUGAUUUUGGAAACGAAAGAGAGGGAAGCAGAGAAGGCAUAUUAUUAUAUACAAAUUUAGAAACUGACGUAUCCAAAGGCUAUUUUCAUCAUAAUCAGUACCGAGUUCUGCGAGAGAUUCUCAUUCGUUGGAAUGCGAACAAUUUUAGCAUUAUAUAUUAAAAAUAAACUGGAUUUUAAUGAUGAUGCGUCAACUGUCAUCUUCCACUCAUUCUCAAUGCUGGUGUUCACCUUUCCGUUGUUUGGUGCCAUACUGGCUGAUUCGAUAAUGGGAAAAUUCAGGACAAUCGUUUACUUCAGUAUUAUUUACUCACUGGGUCAGCUACUACUUUCCGCCAGCGCUGUACCAACGUUGGGAUUACCCAUGAGAGAAUUCUCGAUGAUUGGACUGCUGUUAAUUGCAAUAGGCACAGCUGGAAUAAAACCGUGUGUAGCUGCAUUUGGUGGCGAACAAUUUAUUCUCCCUGAACAGCAAAAACAUAUCACCACGUUCUUCUCACUGUUCUGUCUCGCGAUAAGCGUCGGAUCAACUAUUUCUGCAUUUACAACUCCACAGCUUCGAGCAGGCAUCAAAUGUUUCGGAGAACAAGACUGCUAUUCAGUUGCUUUUCUGAUUCCUACUGCACUUAUGGUCAUAGCAACAGUGAUAUUUGUUGUUGGUAAACCCUUGUACAGGAUAGAGAAACCGAGGGGAAAUGUUGCCCUGAAUGUCAUUAAAUGUAUAUCACACGCUGUAUCCACAAAAUUGAAAGCAAAUGUAAUCAUGCAUCGUCAACACUGGCUCGAUUACGCAGACGAUAAGUACGAUUCGAAAUUAAUUUUCGAUAUUAAAGAAGUUCUGUAUGUUCUGAAAAUCUUCAUUCCUGUGCCAUUAUUCUUUGCACUUGUCGAUCAACAAGGAUCGCGAUGGACAUUUCAAGCUACAAGAAUGGAUGGAGAGAUUGGAAACUACCUCAUUAAGGCUGAUCAAAUGCAAGUUAUUCCUGCACUCUUAGUCAUCAUUCUUAUUCCAUUAGUUGACAGAUGUGUCUAUCCCCUAUUUGCGAAGAUCGGAUGUCUGGAUACGCAAUUGAAAAAGAUCACAACUGGUGGACUCUUAGCAUCUGUGGCAUUCGUGAUUUCGGCUCUUGUCGAAUUAAAGCUGGAGACAACAUAUCCAACUCAUCCAACAAAUGGACUAGCGCAAGUGCGAAUUUUCAACCCGAGAGACUGUCAGUUACCUAUUGUGAUAAACAAUCAAGCCCUGAUGCUGGAGCCAUUUGGAAUUUGGGAGGACAAUGCUAUCGUUGCAAAAGGUAAUCUAUCAAUACCUUAUACUGCUGAUUUUUCCCAAUGUGGGGGAGUAAAUAAAUCAGAGGGAUUGAUCACGGCUGUGGAGGCACAGGCAACCUCAUACGUACUUCAGCCAUUGACUCCUUACUCCUACAAGGACGCCAUCAACAAGACGAGCAGUGGAAAUCCCGCGAUUCGGGUACUGGGCUACAAUAUCCUGAAUCCCAAUGCCACCACUAAGGUUGAGCUAUCAGGUGUAAAUUACGUUUUCGAAAUAAAUCGGUCGACGUCUGAUGUACCUCAAAUAACGCCAGUGGCCGAGUUCAACCCGGGAACGUAUCAAGUCAAAGUUGAUGGGACUUAUGUGGAGUCGAUAACACUCAAAGUCGGUGGUGUUUACACAUUACAAACGUAUGUGACUGCCAAUGGCACGAGAUUAGGUCUUACAACAGUUACUCCACCAAAUUCAAUUCACAUUUUGUGGCUCCUUCCCCAGUAUAUCGUCAUUACUAUUGGCGAAGUUCUUCUGGGUGUCACAGGGCUCGAAUUUGCAUUUACCCAAGCACCAGCCUCCAUGAAGUCGAUUGUUCAAGCUGCUUGGUUGUUGACUGUCGCUGUUGGUAAUCUCAUUGUUGUCAUCAUUGCUAAGGCAAAGAUAUUCGACCGACAGGCGUCGGAGUUCUUCUUCUUCGCUGGGCUGAUGGCAGUUGAUAUGAUAAUACUGGCUGUAAUGGCGAAAUUCUAUAGGUACAGAAAUAUCGAUAAUAACUCGCAAGUAAUUGCAUGUGAGGAUUUGCACGCAACAUUUGAAGAACCGGAGGAUCGUGGCAAGAGAACUCCAGUUGAUGUUGGGGAGAACAUUCGACUGUGGAGUUUCAACCGCGAAGCAAAUCCUUAACUAAGUUUAAGCUGUAUAUUCUGAAUUUUGGACUAUUUGUCGAGUCAUCUGUAAUAACGUCACAAUUUCACAUAUAUCUUCCUCAUUAUUUGUAUGAAAAUACGUCGACGAGAUGUAGAAGCUAGAAGAGUGUCUCAAAACGCGUCAAAAUGUGAAUUAAAAUGAUCCCCAAGAUAUAGUAAAGUGCCAGUUCACAAUGAAACUCCAGUCCGAAUAUCGAUAUAAAUAAAUUUUCAGGCUCAGACUAAAAUCCUUUUAAAAAAUUGUAAACCCCAUUCAAUUCUACAUUCCCAGAAAAUAUAAAAUUUCAUUAAUUCGUCACUGACUAA